UCGGGGGAGGGGAGGGAACAAGCUGGCGUUAAUUGCCUAAUCGCCUGAAACAUGUCAACGAAGUUUUCCCAUAAGUGGUGUUUGUUAAAAAAAUACGGUGAGCUAGCGCCCAGUUUCCGUUUUGUUAGGCUUUUAUGACAAACCAAACGUCUUUUCCUCGGCUUAUGCUGUCCCUUGUGCAUUUUUAUUUCAUGUCGCUGAACAAGCAGAACGCCGCUGCCCGACUGGCCAAGCUGCCGCUGGUGCGCUCAGCCUGCGCCAACCUGUCACUGCUGUGUGGGGACGCCAAGAGCGUCAAACCCGGCCUCGGGUCUGUUUGGGAGAACCUGGAGAGUUGCGUGGCCUACAUAAGAUCGGCUGCUUGUCACCGACUCUCACCCGUCGUCACCAAAUUCAAGCCGCAGGAUUCCUUUGCCAAUGAUGUUGCGUGUAAAAGUCUGGACUGGUUGGAGGCAACGUUUCCUGUGCUGCAUACAUCCACAGACCAGCUUGCGGCUGGUGUCAGGAGCAAGGUGCUAGAGAUCCAGGAUGCAGCGACCAUUGUGGCCCACGGGACUGUGGACUGUAUGCAGCAUGUGGUGACAUGUAUCGUGGAGAAGGUGCAGCAGCACAAUGACCACUUGCUAGGAGGAAGGGCCGUCACUGCAUCCAGCACUGAGCUGGGUUCUGCACUAAACCUGCCUCAAGCGCUGGUGGAUCGCAUGCUCCAGCUGACAGAGGAAGAAAAAAAGGAAAAUGUCUUAAUGGACAGUUCUGAGACAGCUGCAUCUAUGAGAUGGUACUCUGUGCGACUGGUGACACUCUCCAUUACACUGUGCAGGAGAACCAUCCAGCUGGCGGGAGCCAAGAUUCAGUCUACUCAGAUCAUGGAGGCUUUUUCCACAUCGAGUCAGUUUCGAAUCCUGCUGGCUCUGGCAUGGAGUCUGGAGCAACUCCCACUACAUGUACAGCAGCAGAUUGUGUCUGUAUUCUUCUACUUCACACAAAUGUACAACUUGGGAGGUGCCCGACAGAGCUGCUCCAAACAGGAUAAAAGUGUUUGCCCCAGUGAAGCUGGACCAAAAGCAAAACAACACAAGGUCAUCAAGAGUCCACGACCAAAUUCUAAUUGGCGAGUGAGAAGACCAGGUAGCAUCUCUGUGUACGAGAACCGCUUGACCCCUUUGGAAUAAUUAAAGGGUGUUGAUAGGUUUCACUGAGUGGUGGCUGUAUUGCAUAUUUACAUAUAAAUAAAUGUACUUGAAGCAAC